ACCCCUCCUAUUGUCUUACUCUUCCCUCUUCAAUCCUCAAUGGCAGAUCCAAAAUCCGAACCUUCCUCUUCAAUGCCCGAUCAACCACCCGACUCCGAACCCACCACCCACCAACUCACCAGCCUUCCCGGCUUAACCCACGACGAGUUCUUAGAGUUAAUCCCUUCCAUCACUCAGUUCCACACCUACUCAGUGGGUCCAGGCAAAUGUUCUUCCUUACUAGCCCAACGUAUCAACGCCCCACACGACGUCGUUUGGUCCGUCGUCCGCCGUUUCGACAAACCCCAAACUUACAAACACUUCAUCAAAAGCUGUGCCGUCGAAGAAGGUUUCCAAAUGGUCGUGGGUUGCACGCGUGAAGUCAACGUGAUCUCCGGGUUACCGGCUGCCACUAGCACCGAAAAACUCGAUAUUUUAGAUGAGGAGCGACAGGUCACCGGUUUUAGUAUCACUGGAGGUGAGCAUCGGUUGAGGAAUUACCGGUCGGUGACGACGGUGCAUGGUUUCGAGCGUGACGGGAGGAUCUGGACCAUCGUUCUGGAAUCUUACGUUGUUGAUGCUCCGGAAGGGAACACGGAGGAAGACACGCGGCUGUUUGCUGAUACCGUUGUCAAGUUGAACUUGCAAAAGCUGGCGUCCGUCACCGAAGGGUUAGCGCGUGAUGGUGACGGUAAAAAAUCACAGGUGAUGUGAAAAAGUAAACACAAAAAAAAAGAAUGAAAAAAAUAUUGCCCCUUUCUUCUUUGUUUGUUCACUCUCUCUUUCUUUCGUUGUGGGAUUUUGUAAUUUUUUUCUAAUUUUAAUGUUCUUGGUUUUUUUUUGUGAAAUUACCGAAAAAUCCUCAUUGUGAAUAGAUUGACUACUGGGAUGUUGGUGUGGACUGUGGACAAGCAUGGAAAGGCCGUUUGAGUCGAUGCCUUUGUACAUAAAUGUUUCCAGUUGAACCAAUAUUAAAAUUUAAUAAGCACUAAUGUUGUGUAAAGUGGGGAUUAAAGAAGCAAUGGUUGGCUAAGAAUCUCUACUUGACAAUAUUUUUAUAUUUUUUUCCUUUUGUUUUUUCAAAUACCUUGAAUUAAGACAAAGGCUAUCAGCUCCCUCCAUCCAGUAUCGUUUUUGUCGAAUAUGUGCUUUUGACUUUCCCCUUCAAAAUCUCAAGAGUCUACUAUUCACAAUGUGUAAUAACAUAACCCAUGUUCAUAAGUGACUGUACAUGGUUCCUACUGCUCUUUUCUAUUGGCCAAAAAAAAAAAGACAAUGCUCUUUUUCUUUUCUACUGAAUGAAAGUGGGGUAUGGUAA